AUGGCUCUGAGGCCAGUCCACGGUCUGCUCCUUUGGGCUAUGCUGUCCUUCCUGGCUGAGUCGCACAGAGUCCCCGGGGUUCUCACUAAGGAGCUAAAGAUUGGUAAUCCACAAGAUGGGUGCGUGAGCCUCAUUCCCUGCAAAGAUAACGGAGAUGUUUGUGUUCAGCCUUGUUCUCCUUCCUUCCAUGGGGAGACAAGAUUUGUCUGCAAAGACAAAAAGUGGCAGAUGUUCACAGAUGCUUGUGCAAAUCUGGAUAUUCGGUCACUUUUUCAGAGAAUAUCUGAACAUGGACCCUUUCUAAAUCCUGGAGAACACGUUAGCAUUGCUGGAGGGCACCUCCCUUUUCUAGGGAAAGGAAGCCCAAUGAAGCCUAUAGAUGGAGCCAAAUAUUCUGGUGCUGAUGACCACAGGAAUGAGAACUGCCAAGCUGAUUUUUCAUGCAUUAUUCCAGAUAUCUUGUCUUCACCAGCCAUUCCAGGAAAUAUUGCUAAUAUAGUGGACUUGCUAAAGCAGAUCUCCUUGGUCUUAUCAGGAAAUGUCAGUAGAGGAAAAAUGCGGAGUUACAGCAGAAUAGCAAACCAUAUUCUCAACAGCUCCAUCAUUUCCAACUGGGCCUUUGUAAGGAAUAGAAAUGCUAGUUCAGUAUUACUGGACUCGGUGAACUUAUUUGCUGGGAAUCUUCUUCUAACAAAUGGGUCAGAAAAUAUACAAGAGCAAUUCAUUUCUACAAAAGGCUACAGCAUACAUAAGAAUACUACGGGAAAAAGCUUUGAUUUUUCUAUGGAGUUCAGUAACUCAGAAAAUAUCACUGGGCAUGUGUUCAUUCCAGAAGAAGAACUUCUGAACCUAUCUAAAACUUCCAAAGCCAUCAGCAUUGCCUUUCCAACUCUUGGAGCUAUCAUGGAAACAAGCCAUUUGGACCCUGUUUUUGUGAAUGGGAUGGUUUUGUCAGUGGCUCUGCCAGAGGAACUACAGCAUAUUUUGCUUGCCUUUGAAAAGGUCAAUAAACUGGAGAGUGCCAGAGCCCGGUGUGUUGGCUGGCACUCUGCUGAGGGGAGAUGGGAUGACAGGGCAUGCCAAAUGAAGUCAGAUGACGUCAGCAGUGUCAUUUGCUUCUGCAAGUAUCACCGCCGGACAUUCAAAUCCUUCUCCAUUCUCAUGUCACCUAUCAAGUUACGAAAUGCGGUGCUGGGUUACAUUACGUGUGUGGGGUUAGGCCUCUCCAUUUUCAGCUUGGCUCUGUGCCUCAUCAUUGAGAUUGUGGUCUGGCACCACGUAACAAAAACGGAAAUAACUUACAUGCGCCAUUUCUGUUUGGUGAACAUCGCUACUUCACUUCUCAUUGCUGACGUUCUGUUCAUUUUAGCUGCUAUUGUGCAUGAUACAGCCCGAAACCACCGGCUCUGUGUAGCUGCUACUUUUUUUCUUCACUUUUUCUAUCUUGCCUUGUUUUUUUGGAUGCUUAGCCUGGGACUUCUCAUUCUGUAUGGAUUGUUGUUAGUUUUUUUUAAGAUAACAAGAUCUGUGCUCAUGGCCGCAGCAUUCUCCAUUGGAUAUGGAUGUCCUUUGGUCAUAUCUGUCCUCACUGUUGCUAUUACUGAACCAAGAAAUGGGUAUUUACGGUCUGGAGCCUGCUGGCUCAAUUGGUACGAGACCAAAGCCCUUUUGGCCUUUGUGAUGCCUGCUCUGAGUAUUAUCGCUGUGAAUCUGGUGGUGGUGAUGGUGGUUGUGGUGAAGACGGGAAGGUCUGCUGUUGGAGAAGGUUGCAAGUCACAAGAUUUGAGCAACAUGAUUCGAAUUAGCAAGAAUGUUGCCCUCUUGACGCCUGUUCUAGGCCUCACCUGGGGAUUUGGAUUAGCAACGAUUUUUGAUAAAAGCUCUCUCGCCUUCCAUGUUACAUUUGCUCUACUUAAUGCCUUCCAGGGUUUCUUCAUUCUGUUGUUUGGGACACUUCUGGACAGAAAGACAAGAGAAGCUUUAAGGAUGAGCUGUCUUUCAUCAAGGAGGAAAUGUAGUCUAGCAAAGCCAGUCUACCUAGCCUUCUAG